AUGAGGCUUUUAAGUCUCAGCUUCCUGCUGAGCACAUGUCUCGCUGUCGUUGCACAGAACUCGUCCAGCAAUUUGAACAACAGUCUUUCUUUGACACCAGCUAUGGGAUGGAGCUCCUGGAAUCAGUUCGGAGAUUCGAUAAAUGAGCAAUUGAUUAUGGAAACUAUCGAUAGCAUGGACAAGAGUGGCUUGAAGGAGGCUGGCUUCAUUUACAUCAAUCUAGAUGAUGGUUGGCAGCGCUACAAAGGAGAUCGCAAAGACCACCCUGGGCCACUCGAAGCAGAUCCGGUCAAGUUCCCAUCAGGAAUCAAGGCGUUGGCAGAUUACGCACACAGCAAAGGUUUCAAGCUGGGUAUAUAUUCUGGACCAGGAGAUCUCACAUGCGCUGGGUACACUGGAAGCAAAGAUCACGAGAGCGAAGAUGCUGUACUUUGGGCAUCAUGGGGAAUUGAUCAUCUCAAAUACGAUAGCUGCUGUUCUCAUGCCGAUGCUCCGCAAGCCGAAGUCCAAGCAGUUGUUCGAACCAUGUCUCUAGCUCUUUUAUCAUCUUCACGGCCAAUUGUUUAUCACGCUUGCCAUUGUGGAUGGGUUUCCGUCUGGGAGUGGGCAGCAGCUGAUGGUGCAAACCAAUGGCGUAUCGGGCAGGAUAUCUCCGAUGAUUUCAACUACCCCGGUAAUAGAGAAAAGUACUAUUUCGAUGUGCUGGAUAUGCUGGAUCGAGGAGCAAACUUGACACAGUACUCAGGUCCAGGUCAUUGGAAUGACUACGAUAUGUUGAUUGUUGGACUGGAAGGAAAGAGUGGCCAGCUGGUCGGAACCGGGGCAAGCGAUGUGGAAUAUAGGACGCAUUUCAGCAUGUGGGCCAUGGUAGCUUCGCCAUUACUCAUCGGAGCCGAUGUUCGAACACUUUCAAACACAUCUCUGACGACACUUCUGAAUCGCGAGAUAAUAGAGCUGAAUCAAGAUCCACUUGGUAAGCCUGCAGAUGUAGCGUGGGAAAGCGCAGACAAGACCCAACAGAUAUAUGCGAAAGUAAUGGCAGAUGACAGUUAUGCGGUUGCGUUACUGAACCGCGGCGGUGCGACGGCGGAUAUGAAUCUCAACUUGCGAAGAGACUUGACGAUACCUUGGGACAAGUAUAGGGUGAGGGAUUUGUGGAAGCAUGAAGAUAAGGGACCAUACGAUAUGCCUUACUCGGUUGAGGUUAUGGCUCAUGAAGCGAAGAUUCUUAGGAUAUGGCCUGUUGAGAAGACGCGAAAUUGA